AUGAUCGGGGGCGACGCGGACCGUAUCUCCGACGCUCAAGUCCGGUGGAGAAUGAUCCGUGCGGAUCAAGCCCAGUCCGAGCAUGCCCAAUCUCCUCUUGUUUCUGACCUUCACCUCCGGCUGGGGAUAUCCUCGCGGAUUGAACUCGCCAUGAACCACGAUGCUUUCCCCAUGAACGACGGCAUGGACUUUGAUGAACCCUUCGCCAAGAAGAUCACCCGAGAAGUCGUCAUCCUCCCUAGCGGCUGGUCCAAUGUACCCGUAGAGCAGGACCCAGAAAAGACAAAAGCCAGAAUUAGUCAAGGGCUGGAUAGAGCCUACGUUGACGCCAGCGAACGAUGGGAGAAGAGUCCAGAGGCCGCUCUCGAGCCUCUGUUUCGACUACACGAUCAACUGAAGAUGCACCCCUGCGGCCCGAAUAUGUCUGCUCUUAUGCAAUAUGGCGCCGCUUUCUACAAGGAGACAGGGCGGAACUUUGCAAACACGGGCUCGGAACGCUGGUAUCGAGCCAUUGAUGCUGGUCUGCUUGACUUCUGUCAACAAGUCCUUGACGAUGAUAACACUCUGAGCCAGAUCUACGCCACGUGGACACUCAAGUUUUUUGAGAUACUAGAGUCGAUGAUGUACGCCAUUGACGAUCGUUGCAAGAAAUUACCGGAUGGUGCUGGGCGACACUCCCCUCUUCGCGCCCGUGUUCUGUCUCUCGCGAACCAGCUAUGGCGCGGCGUAGACAAACGACCAUAUGCUUUCGUCUGCACACACUGGAACAACCAGUCAAAGGAGAUGUACCAGCUUAUGCUGACGCGAUUGCUAUUGGCGGCUAGCAAGCACAUGAGCGCAACCGAUCCGUCGGGGGAAUCAUUGGGCGGGCCGGAAUACGGGCCUUUUCGCCGUGUAGCUCUGUUCGGAUGGUUUCAAGGGCACAAUCCGACCGAUACUCUGGGACUCGUCGAGAGCCUCCUCGUCCUGCCCUUCACGGACCUCUGGCCCGCGCCGUUCCGAACCCCCUUCGACAUACCCGAGGACGAGCCGCCACAGUUCACUACAUUCAUCAAAGAAGAAAUACUCGAUGUAUACGGCCCUCGCGCGUAUCUCGACCGCUUGGAGAUCAGCCUUCGUCACCCGCAGCAUAUCGACGCUCGAUUACUGUUCCUCUUCAAGAUCAUCGGCAAGACGAUCGUGCGUGAGGAGUUCGCGCCUCAUGUUCAAGCUGCUGGCACCUUUUGGAGUAUGAGGCAGGCCGUAGAUCGACAGAUGAUGAAGGGUGCGAGGGAUGACAUGGAGUUGUUCAUGAUUCUAUAUCAGACCCUGAUGAUAUUCAGCUUGUUCACUCAUAUCUCAAGCGUCUCCGAGGGAGCGGCCCAUCUGAUCAAAGAGUGCGAUGUCAUUGAGCUACUAUCCCUUACGAUUGUUUUAGCGGUCCGGAUACAGCCUCUCGUCCCGCUAGGUUAUACCGGCCUGACAUGCUGUCUACACCCCAUGCAGGUCUGGACCGAGCUCGGACAUACGCUCUCCAUGCGAAGCGGCAGGAACUUGCUUUUGAAAGCGUUCAAACACGCCGUUCGGAGGGAAUGGUACCCAACACUCGCUACACUGCACACGCUCCCCAAAGGUGGUCUAUCGCACAACGCGGACCGCGACGACUUUGUACAGGCAUGGUACGAGCUCGGCAUGACGGUCGGGUUGGACGAAAGCAAAGAACGAGAAGAGUACGAGCGAUUUGGCAAGCGUGCUGCUCGAUCGUGCUCAUGGAAGGAGUGCCGGUAUCAUACGGAGGCGGCACCGAAUCCAUCGAGAGUCUGCGUGGGCUGUGGUGAAGUGCGGUAUUGCGGCAAACCCUGCCAGACCAAAGACUGGAAGGAAGGUCAACACAAGAAAAGAUGCAAGCGCAUCAAAGACAAACCAAGCGUUCCGCGCGAGACGGCGCAGAUCUAUGGUCUCAUACAGUAG